AUGGAGUUGUUGGCAAAGUCGGUAAACGUCAUUUACGCUCCCUACGGUUACACCAUCUCACUAAAUCAAGUCCAAGUCCAAAUAUUGGACUUUAACAAUAACGGAUCCACCCUGGCGUUUCCUUGUUUCGAUGGCAUAUAUCUCCCAAAGCAAGAAAUUCAAUUCCUGCAUCAUGUCAAAGAGGAGCUGGAAACAUACCAACAGAAGAGCAACCACAAGAGUGUGCUCCUGUUCCCGCCUCUACCCAGCAGACUGCGGUACCUGAUCCACAGGACCAUAGAGGACCUGCCAGAUUUCUCUACCUUCUCAGUAGGGGACAGCUGGUGCCGUAGGGUGGUGGUCUGCCAUUCUGAGCUCAGGAGUGAGGUAGAGGAAGACCAUGACUUGGAGAGCAACAACAGCUUGUGUGAAGAGAUGGGUGGCAACGGCAAGCCUAAAUCUUCAAUCCCAUCGCGAAACCGAGGACCGAAGAGGCCGGACAAACCCCUUUACAUGCCACGAGCUGCUCGGGAGAGACUGUCCUUACAAAACCCACAAGGAGACCAAGGGUUUCCCGGUCCAGCCUCAAAUAGCUGUAGCUGCAUCAGCAGUCCAUCUGACUCUUGUUUCUGUCCAGAAACUUCAGAAAUAUCAUCCAACUCCAGCCUCCCCAGUGUAGUGGAGGGUGUCCUCGACCAUGUAGCUGACAGUUCAGCACCUUGUCCUCAGGAAGAGACGCUGCAUGACGCUGAGCCCGGAGUCUGGGAACAGACUGUGUCUUGCUUUAAUGACAUGACUCUGGAGGAGGAUGAGAAGACCAUGGAAGACAUAUGCACGGCGUACACGGAUGAUGUAAUUGACGAGAUCAAGGCACAUCUGAAAGAGACACUGACUGUUUCCAUUCAGCACGUUCACAAUGACUACUCCCUUUAUGAGAAUGCGUGUAUCAGCCCGGACAAGUUUUGCCACGUGAUCGAGAUCUACGACUUUCCACCCCUUUUCAAAACCGAUGACCUCAUGGAUGCUUUCACAGACUACAGUGAUGGUGGAAUGAAGAUCGAGUGGGUAGACGACACACACGCCCUGGGGGUGUUCUCCAGUGAGACCGCAGCACUCCAUGCCCUCUCCAUCUGCCAUCCUAUGCUGAAGGCCAGAACACUGGCUGAAGCGAGUAAAAAAGCCAAAGGAAAGGCCAUGAGACGGGCAGAGUUUAUCCAGCCAGUAAAGGAACGUCCCAGGACAGACUGUGCUGUUGCCAGGCGGAUGGUGAGCAGAGCCUUGGGGCUGCAGGGACGAGGCAGAGUGCAGCGAUUUUGAAGGGAAUUGCAAACACCGUUGGCUAAUACAGAAAGGUCCAGCAGAGGUCUGCCUCCCUUGAUUGGGCCUCUGUAGAGGCUCCACAGUGGCCACAAACAGCUGAUCAUGAAGACCAGUCCAGCACUGUUUGCCUGCUUCACUGAUCGGUACAGCACGUUUGCAUUGGGGAGAAAAGGGGACUGCCACACAUCAGCAACAUCCAUCCCGCUGAAAGUGUCCUUGAGCGAGACGCUGAAACACAAGCAGCCUCAAAGUCUCUGUUCUGUAGCUGAGCCUGACCGCUUUAGACAUUAUUGUUGUGGUUCCUGUUGUUCACUGUUAGGAUCAAUAAUCGUACAAAUGAGCGGAUGAACGAUGUAAACGGUGACUUCAUAUGGAAAAGGCACUGGAGAAAACUGGAGAAGCUCUUGGCUGGUUUUGAUUUGAUUGCAUGUUGUCUUGAAACUUCAAGAGUUUACUUUCCAGGAAGGGUUUCCUGUUUGCCCAAGUGAUGCAGGAUUGGUUCCAUAAUUCUACAUAAGUAGUAAUUAUUUUCUAACUUAAUGUUGAAUUCCUCGACAGAAUAAUUCUCAGGAUUUUAAAGUAAUUUUACAUUGAGCGCUGUUGUUACAGCCAGAUGUUUAUACCGACUGCACAUUUCCAGCUGACUAAUGUAGAUCCAUUAACAAACACACCACUAAACACUGGCUUCAAAAGCCACAGUAUUAAAGAAAAACACACGGAGCAGUUAUGCUGUUUUCAAUAGAUAUUUUCAUCUAAUGUUUCAUUACAUUUCUAAACUUUGUUUUAAUCUUUGAAAGGAAGUUAUGUUAAGUUGUUUUUCAUAUUUAUUUUCCUCUAAAUAACACACGACUACGUUUGUAGUAUUGUUGCCUCAGAGGCAAAGUGUUCAAGUUCUUUGUCCUUCCACAGAAAACUAGAAGAGUUCAACGUUUUUGAGCUUUGGCGUCUUGGAACGUUCCACCCUUUGUACCCGUUCAGUCAUUUUAAAUCUUACCUCUGUAAAGGGCAUUACAAUGCCAUAAAAAGAGAAUUGUAUAAGUUUGUAUUUAGUAAAAGAAAGAUGUUGAGUAUUUUCAUUUUCUUGUCCUACUGAAAUGGGAAGUUUCCCUGAAAUGAUCUUUUGUGCCUGAUGUGAAAGUUACAGGACUUGUUCUGUCUCUGUACACUCUUCACCUGUAGACUUGAACUGCAUCCCUUUUUACUCUUUUCAGGGAAAAUGAGACUUGAUUGGAGCAGUUAAUACUUCACAAUCCCAUGAAAAUCUGAAAACUACAUGCGGUCUUCAACUUGAUCUGUUGUAUAAAAGUAAACAUACAGCGCAGUCCUAAAGUGUAAGAACUAAAACUUUUGUCUCGUUGUCUCUACUUCAGAAAGUCCUGACUGACCUGUAAUAUGGGGUCGUUUUAUGGGACAGAAACAUAAAGUCAUCAUAUUCAAUAUUUGGUUCAAACCCCCCCCAGACUAAACUACGUUUUCAUUAUAUUCAAGGUCGUAUGUUGCUUUCAUGAAAAAGUAAUGUUUAAUUCGGCAAAUCUUCCUCUGAACUUGAUGCGUCACCAUGGUGGUUAAUAUCAUUUUAACCCUAAUGCAGAGGAGACGUGAUCCUUGUAAGGUAAUAGUCUCACCUAUAAGACAGUUGUAUGUCCAUAUCCGCUGUCCAUCGUACCGGGAGCGGCACUUCAUAAUGUUGUUGGAGUAAUCUGAUUCUGCAACCUCAUAGUUGGGGUUUAUCACAACCUGGGAGAGCAAAAAACAAUGUUUGUUAAAACGUCUGAAAAUAAAUAUUCUCUUUCAAUUAUA